AUGUUAGCUGACGAAAGUAUAAUAGAUCGAGACGUAUGUGCAGAGUUAGUCGCAUUCAUCAUCGAGAAUCAUCGAGACAUACAGGAAGAACCUAUUAGCGGACAUAUACGAGAUUUAUUUGCAGUGUUUUACGAUGCUCAUGGUAUAGUUGGAACUUACAAAUAUGAUCAAUUCUAUAAUUUGUUAACCUAUAUCAGUGAUUUGGCUCCAGGUUGUUUGACAUUUGAAAAUGAUAUUAUUAAGGGCCAAACAAUUACUGAUAUAAACACAUACAUCCUAAAACUGUUAUACAAACAGAUAGGUAAAAAUUCACAAAAUUUUACAACAAUAUCUCAUAUUUCAUCGAAGAACAGUACCAAUGUUCGAGAAUCUGAUGAUAUUGAUGGUUCAACGAUAGUUAAUGAAGAUAUAUCAUAUAUGGAGAAAAAUGGGGAUGAUGAUUUAGAGAAUCUGAGUUAUGGAAAUGAUCCCAAUGAUCCAAAGGAUGAUUUAUCGAGAUUAUAUUCUUUAAUAAAUUUUGAAGCAGCGGAGAAAACUCUUACUUAUGAAAAUGCUCAAUUACCCAGAUAUUUGAUGAAAAGAUUAAAUGAAAUUUUGGAUACUGUACCAAUGUCCUUUCAAUUGGGUAAAGAAAGAGCUCGAUUAACUGAAACGGUGAUUCCAUAUAUUCCAGUUUGUCAAUCCCCAGAACAUUCCAUGAUAUUAGCUCAGGUAGCAUAUAUCUCCAAUAACAAAAUAACAUCCUUACAAUGGUCAAAAUUGCCAACAUUAGAAAAAGAUUCACCUGAAUUAAUACAAUGUUUAAAAUCACAUAUGCAUUAUGUUCCUAAUAUUAAACCUCAAACAGAUUUAUCAUUAGGUGAUUGCUCAUAUUUAGAUACAUGUCAUAAAUUGAAUUCGUGUCGCUAUUUACAUUAUUUGCAAUAUGUUCCAGAGUCCUUAAUCACACAAGUUAUUAAGGACACAGAACGUAUCAACGAAACACAAUCCAGGCAUAUACCAUUGUAUACACAUGGGUCGUGUUCUUCAGUUGCGGUGAAAGAGAUAUUACCUCCACAAUGGAUUAGAUGUGAUGUAAGGAAAUUUGAUUUUAGUAUUCUUGGUAAAUUUUCAGUUGUUGUAGCAGAUCCUGCGUGGAAUAUUCAUAUGAAUUUACCUUAUGGAACUUGUAAUGAUAUUGAAUUGUUAGAAUUACCAUUAGAUGAAUUACAAGAUGAAGGUGUACUAUUUCUAUGGGUUACUGGUAGAGCCAUUGAAUUAGGUAAAGAGUCCCUAGCUAAAUGGGGUUAUAAAGUAAUUAAUGAAAUUUCAUGGAUAAAGACAAAUCAAUUGGGACGUACGAUUGUGACAGGUAGAACAGGACAUUGGUUAAAUCAUUCGAAGGAGCAUUUAUUAGUUGGAAUGAAAGGUAAUCCACAAUGGAUUAAUAAACAUAUUGAUAUGGAUAUUAUUGUAUCAACCACUAGAGAGACAAGUAGGAAACCUGAUGAAUUAUAUGGUAUGAUUGAAAGAAUGGUUGGUAAACAUGCACGUAAAUUAGAAAUUUUUGGCAGGGAUCAUAAUAUUCGUGCUGGUUGGUUUACUAUUGGUAAUCAAUUAACAGGAUCAUGCAUUUAUGAGCCCGAUAUUAAAGCCAAAUUUGAAAGUUCAACACAAUUUAAAAAUUCAAAUAAUCAACAGAAUAAUCAAAAUUAUAGUAGAAAUACAGAUAAUCAUAGUAAUGGUAAGAAUAAUAACAACCAUUAUACGAACAACAAUCACAGAACUAAUAGUAGCAGCAAUAAUAACAGUAAGCGUGGCAAAUCAGAUUUUAAGAGAUCAAACAAUAAUUAUUCUGGAAAUAAACAAAGUUCAUCUAAUAGAGUUAAACAUGAUAACAGAGGAGUAAAUACAUAA